AUGAAUUCGACGAUUAGGCUUGACCUGGCGUCCGCGGAGCCGUCCAUUGAAAAGCAGAAUGCCACUCAAUCCACGAAAGAGGGGAAAAAAGCUGUUGAAACGGAUGCCGAGAAGGGGAAGCCCUAUUUUCCUUUGGCUGGAGCCAGCCACGACGGCUGGUCCGAGGAGGACAGAGCGACGGCUACAUGCUUCUGUGGUGCUGUACAGUUGAGUUUUCCGACCCAGGGUCCAGGUCUAGUCGACACUUUCAUCUGCAAUUGUACGGAUUGCCGCAAAAUAACCGCGUCCAUGUUCGCCUCAAAUUUCACAGUGGACGAUACAUAUCUGAACCACGAGCGUGGCUGGGAGAAUCUAUCAACUUAUAGCCAGUCCAAGACUAUAGGCACGGGAAACACUAUGACCAAUCACUUCUGCUCUACAUGCGGCUCGCUCAUGUACCGUGUUGGCACGGGUUUUCCUGGAAUGAGUAUCCUGCGCAUUGGAACUGUGGAUGAUUUCAGUCUACACGAAACUAAAUUGAAGCCUCGAAUCGAACAGUUUGUAAAGGAUCGUGUGGCGUGGCUACAUGGGGCAGAGGGAGUCGAGCAAGUUCAUGGCUUUGCUUACGCAUAA